AUGCGGGGCGCGGCCGUGACCGAGAAGGGCCUCGGUCCACGGUGCCUCAUUCCUGCGGCGCUGCCCGGUGGCCCCAGACGCCGGCGGAGGGCGGUGUUCGGCCUCGGGGCGCAGCGGUUUGCUCCCCAGCGGUCUGGCGCUGCCGUGCUCCCCCAGCACCCCUCUAUCACCCGCACAAUGCCCCCUUCCCUCUUCCCCACCGGCCACCCCUCCAACUCGCACCAGGCUAACGGGCACAGUAGUAGACAUUUACUUAAAGUUUGGGGAAAUGGAGGGGAAUCACAGAAGGUGGUCCAAAGGUGGCUUCAGUUAGCUGAGUUGGCUGCCCCUCAGUCUGACCACCAGCUGGGUUUGCUGCUGUCGGAAGCCCGCCAGCCCUGGCUCUACACGGGACACAGGAGGCAGCACUUCUCUCCAACAAGAGUCUCUCUGUCCCUCAGGCCCCAGGAGGCCGUUCAGGUCACCCGCAGCCCAGCACCUCCUCCGGAGCCACCUUCCCACUCACUCACGCGGUGCCAAGAUGUGAAAAUGGAAGCAGACCCGAAGGAACCCUGGUGGACGAGCUGGGGACACAACCGGAGCCCGAGGCUCCGACUGCGUGCAACUCCAGGCUCCGACCUGGUCGGGCCCAGCCUCCUGCCCUGCGCUGCAGAGUCUGCAACAUCAAGGAGCCAAUUCUUCCCUUGA